AUGAGUAAAAUGUCAAAGAACAAGUUGAAUUUGACCCUGCCACCAGGGUCAAUUGACACUGCUCCAGCAGUCACACCAUCCAAUAUGACCCCUCAGCUAAAGUCUGCUACUGCUACUGAGCGGCAGGGCUUAGCUGGGAAGUCCAAGACAAGCAUUGAGGCUUUGACGGAGAGAUUGGAGCAGAUUGAAAUGGAUGACACCCAGAGGCGCAGGAUAGAGGUGUUCCUCUGCCAGAAAGAGAAGAUCGGAGAGCUUAGUGAUGAUGACUUUGAAAAGUUGGGAGAAUUAGGUCAAGGCAAUGGCGGAGUCGUGAUGAAAGUCCGCCACAAGUCCACUGGCCUGAUUAUGGCUCGAAAGUUGAUCCAUCUGGAAGUAAAGCCAGCCAUCAAGAAGCAGAUUAUACGGGAGCUGAAAGUGCUACAUGAAUGUAACUUCGCCCACAUUGUGGGUUUCUACGGAGCAUUCUACAGUGAUGGGGAGAUCUCGAUAUGCAUGGAGUAUAUGGAUGGUGGCUCUCUAGACCUGAUAUUAAAGAAGGCUGGAAGGAUUCCUGAAUCUAUUCUAGGAACAAUAACAUCAGCGGUGUUGAAGGGUCUCAGCUACCUUCGUGACAAGCACGCCAUCAUGCAUCGUGACGUCAAGCCUUCUAAUAUCCUCGUGAACAGUAAUGGAGAGAUCAAGAUCUGUGACUUCGGAGUCUCAGGACAGCUUAUAGACUCCAUGGCCAAUUCCUUUGUGGGGACUAGGAGUUAUAUGUCGCCGGAGCGACUCCAAGGCACACAUUAUUCGGUCCAGUCCGACAUCUGGUCUCUCGGCUUGUCAUUGGUGGAGAUGGCUAUAGGAAUGUAUCCGAUCCCGCCGCCCGAUGCUAAGACCUUAGCAGCCAUAUUCGGCGGGCAGAAUGAAGAUCACUCGCCCGGACAGGCGCCAAACUCUCCCCGUCCGAUGGCGAUAUUCGAGUUGCUGGACUACAUAGUGAACGAGCCGCCUCCCAAGCUGCCGGCCGGUAUCUUCUCCGACGAGUUCAAAGACUUCGUGGAUCGCUGCCUCAAGAAGAACCCUGAUGAAAGGGCCGACUUGAAAACGCUGAUGAACCACGAGUGGAUCCGCAAGGCAGACGCGGAGAAGGUGGACAUAGCGGGCUGGGUGUGCAAGACGAUGGACCUCAUGCCCUCCACGCCUAAUUCUAACGUGUCUCCUUUUUCUUCAUAA